AUGAUUGAAGAUGCAGAUGUGGAGGACUUCGAUGCACCAGACACAGCACCAGGUGAUGUUCAUGACACACCAGACACAGCACCAGGCGAUGUUCACAUGCGCUUGUCACCAGAUGUGGACCACAACCCUACAGUUAGGAAAAAUCGUCGGGUUACUGUCGAAGAAGUCAAUGACGUGGACGCAACAUCACUCACCAAUAAUGGCCGGUAUUUCGAAACGCAGCCAGGCGCGGGCUGGGCGCAGCACCAAGGGGAGACCGUGUUUGAAAGGUAUAGGAAAGAGCAACACGAAGUGGGCGAAGAACCGUGGGCACCUUUUGAGAAUGCAGAAGAGUGGAGUCUAGCCCAAUGGCUAGUCAAAAAUCUUGGCCAAACUCAGACCGAUGAAUUCCUGAAACUACCCACAACUCAAAACCGCUCAAAACUUCCCUUUCACAACAAUCGUUCGUUCUUGCAAAGGAUUGAUGAACUCCCGCAUGGUCCAGCGUGGAGUUGUAAUAUGGUUACCGUGCGCGGUAAUCGUGAGGACGAGAAUGGAGAGUUAUUGGAAGAACAAGUCGAACUAUGGAGUCGAGAUCCAGUUGAAUGUGUGAAGGAGUUGAUUGGGAACCCUUCUUUCCAGGUGGAUAUGGCCUAUAACCCAGCCAGAGCUUUUUCAGAUCCUGCGGGGGAGCAUAGAGUUAUUGAUGAAAUGUGGACGGCAGAUUGGUGGGUGGAGAAACAGAAAGCUUUACCUGAUGGUGCCACAAUAGCUCCCAUCAUUCUAGCAUCUGACAAAACCUCAUUGUCCCAAUUUCGAGGGGACAAGACUUCGUGGCUGGUGUAUAUGUCUAUCGGCAACAUUGCCAAAGCAAAAAGGCGUCAGGCGUCUGCACGAGCAACUGUGCUCAUUGGGUACUUACCCGCAUGUAAACUCGACUGCUUUACUCCUGAUGCGCGCUCCUUAGCUGGGCAUAGACUCUUCCAUCAUUGCAUGAGUCUGCUUCUUCAUCCUCUCAUCGCCACUGGAAAUGAUGGUGUGGAUAUGGUAUGCACAGACUCGUGGAUUCGACGUGUCUAUCCGAUUCUGGCCGCAUAUGUCGCGGAUUUCCCGGAGCAGUGUUUGGUGUCCUGUUGUAAGGAGAAUCGAUGUCCGAAGUGCCUCGUGGGAGCGAAGGAGCAAGGAGAGGUAUUGGACUCAGAGAUGCGUGAUCCUGAGUUCACAAAAAUUAUAUUGGAAAGGCGCAAGAACGGUCAGCACCCACCAGAAUUCGAGGAGAAUGGGCUACGUGCCAUUUACAAACCGUUCUGGGCUGACAUGCCUCACUCUGACAUUUUCCUCGCAUUCACACCGGAUCUGUUGCACCAAAUUCAUAAAGGCGUGUUCAAGGAUCACCUAGUUAAAUGGUGUGUUGAGAUUAUCGGGGAGGAAGAAAUGGACGCACGAUUCAAGGCUAUCCCUGAUUAUCCCGGACUUCGCCACUUCAAAAAGGGUAUAUCAACUGUGAAGCAAUGGACGGGAAUGCCUAGUCGGGUAUUGGUGGUGGUGCAUUCAAUUCUCGAUUUCUCGUAUUACGCUCAGCUGCAAAUUCACACGGCCGAUUCGCUUGAGGCUCUACAGGCUGCGUUGUCAGGAUUUCACGCAAAUAAGGAUGUCCUCAAGGAACUCGCGAUACGUGAUCAUUUCAAUAUACCCAAAUUACACCAACUCACCCAUUAUGCCCAGUCCAUUUCAUUGUUUGGUGCAGCUGACAAGUUUAACACAGAACUCCCUGAGCAUUACGAGCAACAGAUGGUUUUGUGGCUUCAACGCCAGGAAGCCGUCUUCUCACGCGGCAAAUACAUUGAUUGGCUAUUGCAAGAGCCUGCAGGUGGGACGGACUCGUGCUCGCACUCCGUUUCGGAUUCAGAUUCAGAAUCGGACUCAAGGUUAGAAGAAGCAGAGGCUGCUAUUACUCGUGCGACACCCGCAAAUAAAUUUGCAGCGACUCACAUCCUCGCCAAGAUACCUUCGCAUCCACACCAAUCCGUUCAAAAUCUGGUCCACGCACAUGGUGCAACAGAUUUUCUCCCAGCUCUCCAAUCGUUCCUUGACACAAAUCUCCCGAAUAACACCAUCGUUCCAGGCGUUCACGACCGUUUUGAUAUCUAUAGUCAAGUCGUCAUCGUGACCACAUAA